CUUCCACCAUAGGUGUGAGUGGAUAGCCCGUUCGCCAUGAGCUGUGACCCCGCUGGCAUUCCCACGUGGCCCCAUGGCCUUCGUCCAGGACCUGUCAGCUUGGUUGCUUCUCCAUUUCCGAUGUGCUUAAUUCUCAUGGAGCUGCAUUCGUAACCAUGGCAACUCGGGUCGAAGUUGGCACUAUCGCAUCCCUGAGGGCGGGGCCCGGCCUCGGUGACAUCAGCCGGGAGGAAACCCUGAAGAGGACCUACUUUUGCCAGGCUGGGGACGUCCCUGGGGCGCCCUCCACCAGGAUCCUAAGUUCAAAGAGCCACUUUCAGGCCCGCCUGUUCCCACGGCCCACUGCUCCCAGACCUUUCCUUAAGGAGCAGGUACCCGAGAGGAAGGGUUCUGUCAAAUCUUCGUGGCCUGGCGCCACCCAGCCCUGUCUUUCAGUCCAGACUGCCAAGGAGGAAGCUAAAGUGGACUUGGGUAAAAAGAUGCCGAGCUUAGCUGGUGAGGAGACAGACGGAGGGGAGGCCCUGCAGAAUGGCCCGUCUGUGUCUAACAAAGCCACGUUCCUGAGAUCUGGCCCCAGCACCAUGGGCCUCUUCGAAACAACCAAAGCCGGACCCAGUCUGGGCAAAGGAACCAACGAGGGGAACCGGGAGGCCAGCUCUCGGGCAACCCAGGCAUCUCCCUUAAGUGCCAGGCCUGAGGUGGCCACCAAGCCUGCCCUACCUGCUCGGAAGCCCCCAGUGACUCUGCCCCGACCGACCUCCCUGUUACUGGACCCUGGGUCCACUUUAUCUCAGGGGGAGGCAGGCCGAGCCCAACCUUUGCCAGAGGCCCACAGUGUGGAGAACCCCGCUGGCCAGGCAUCAGAGGCCAAGCCUCACCCAAAGAGACGGCCUAUGUCAGCGGUAUUCACCGAGUACCUGCAGCCUCCAAAGCCAGGCUCGGGUGGAGUGGCCGUCACAGGUAAAGUCCCUCCUACACCUCCCGAGAAGACGUGGGUGAGGAAACCCAGGCCUCUGUCUGUGGACCUGACUUCCAUCUUUGAGAGUGGAGACACAUUUCUGAGGAAAGUGGCUAGUGAGCAGAGCACAACAGAGCGCCAGGGCCCAGAGAGGACCAGCAUGGAGCCUAGGGUUGAGGCAGAUCCUGCCCAUGUGGAUACCACACCUCAGGACCCUGAUGCGGAAUUCCAGGAGCUGUCCAAGAGGCUCCAUGCACGGAGGGAGAAGAUAGCUCUCAAGCAGACAGAGACAGACAGUCCCAGGACUCCAAGGGCCAGGGCUAAUCCUGGAGAUGAUCAGAGUCCCCAGGAAGGGGAGGCCAUGCCAGUCCAGCAGUCAGAGAAGGCACAGGAGUCCCCUUCACCCAGACCUGCAAGAGGCCAGGGGCUGGCUGAGGUCAAGGGUGGGAGGUUUGACCAGGAGGCUUCUGCACGGACAGAGAGGAACCCCGCAGGAAGUGUCAGAAAGCGCCUCAGUCUGUUUGGAGAAGACAGCGCAGUGGCCUUAGCAGUAUCUGAGUCCGCCUCCGUGACCCCGGAGUCCCCAUCUACAGCGCCAGAGCCUUCGAGAGCUGGUGUGAACGUUCAGGCUCGGAUCAAAGGCUGGACUGUAGAGAACACAGGGGAGAAGCCCGAGGUCAGGAGGAGAGCGUCCCAGGCACGGCCAUUGCCUGCGGAUUUGACCAAACCGUUCUCGCGGUCAGCUUCGAGCAACGAGAUUGGGCACGAGAAGUGUGCCACGAUGGGUGGCGAGCCCGCUGGGGAGAGGAGAGAAAAGCUUAAGGAAAGGCAUAGUUUGGAAGGAAACCCCGCCACAAAAAGUCCCUGGAAGUCUGGGGUUCUCCAGAAGUCUAAGCAGACAGAGCUCAAAGAUGCCUCUGACCAGGACCCUGACAGGUGUUGGAAUACACGCUCAGCGGGAGACACGGGCCGUUCUGAAGUCAGUCCGGAAGAUGAUGGAAGCUUCCAGAAGGUGUGGGCCACAGUGUUUGAGCAUCACGUGGAGAGACACACAGUGGCUGACCAGGCAGGCCGUUGUCUCUCGACCACACCCCCUUGUGUGGCCGACACGCCUCCCAAACCCAGGCCUGAGAAUUGGGCGGGGAAAGAGCCACCAGGAGUAUCGGACAAGAGAGACUGCUCCAGGUGGUCGGACCAUGCUGACCCGGGGAUGCUGGGACGAGCUACCCUUGUGGAUGUGGAACCCAGACCCAUCCCUGAGACUCACCCCGUGGAAGAGAGGCAUAGCCGCUCUGUCCCGCGGGAUCUAGAAAGUCCCCCUGUGUCCCAGAGGGUCCAGCCCCGGUAUGACGUUGUGCACGCCUCCGGGGAGCGUGCACACAGUGAAGCGGUAUCCAGGGUGCCCGAGGAGAAGGCGGUGACCCUGCGCAGCGGCCGAUCCCGGCUCUCGCUGUCGGGCCGGCAGCUGUCCCAGGAGGUCAGCCCUACUUACCUGGAGUGUUCUAAGCAGGCGAAUGGGGGUGCCGUCCAGAGGGCGAGUCUGAUAUGGGAAGCUCGGGGUAAGGAAGGUGGUGGACCAAAGCCUGACUGUCAACAGCCAAGGGAUGGAUUUGGGGGCACUUGCCAAUCUCCCAAAUGGACGGGAGGGGUGGGGGCAAGCUGGCACAGCAGCCCUGUGGUCCUUAAAGAUCUCAGUAUUUUCCAAAGGGGUCCAGUCUUGAGUUACACUUUAGCGCCUCCAUCAAGGGCCAACAUUGAGCCCUGUGACUCCCAAGUACAGGCAGGGCCGGACUCAUUGUCCCUGAAGAAAGAUCCCCUCAUGGUUACCAAUGAGGAUAACCCAAGGCUGGCCCAGGUGUCCCAGCCGGAAGUCAGAAUGCGGAGGUCUAACCCUUCGGAGCCGAGGGUGGACAGAUUGAGGCGUCGUACGUUGCCCCACGAUGUGAAGUUUGAUUCGUUCAACCUCCUCGUGCCAGAGAGCACUUCCAAAAGGCAGCAGAGACCAGCAGACGGUCUGACCUCCCCAACCUGUGCCUUAAAGAGACCUCCAUUGUCCCACCAGCAGGCACAAACUCAGGAGGUGACACCGGGUGCCUCACAAGGCAGGACUUUCCCGGAGGAGAAGCCGGGGCCAUCUGCAGAGCCUGCCGCAACUUUCUUUGCAGUGACUUAUCAGGUUCCCGAUAUUCAGAAGGCCAAGAGUGUGGUUAAGUCAGAGCCUGAAAACGGGUUGGAACCUUCCAGAAAAACGCCUCCACCUCUGUCACCUCGCUUUGUUUCAUCUGAUUUGGUUUCCCCUGGCCAUCUAGACCCAGGGUCUCCCACCAGCAGUCAGGGCUGCGCUAAGGAGAGAGAGUAUGGAGAAAUACGGAACCUCUCAAAUCACAUGAAGUCCGCAGACCAGCCGACGUCUGCGGGGGACAAGACUCUGUAUCUUUCCAGGGACAGAGUCAUCGAUGUGGAUUCCCUGUGGUUUCAUCAAGGGUCAAAUGAUGGGGCUGUGAAGGUCCGCAGGACCGGGACAUCCUCAGGCAGAGAUGCCCCGCCGACAUCCCCGGUCCUGAGGCAGCGGCCCAAAAGCCUCCUGGUGAGGAGGAGGACAGAGGUGAUCAGCGAAACAUUCCCAGGGAAGAUGAGAGAUGGCUACAGAUCUGGUGUCCUUGACCUUGAUGCUCUGAUGGCUGAUUACAAGGAGCAGUCGAAUAGAAUUCCCAGCAAGACCCAGGAGCAGCGGGACGGCCCUACAGAACCCAGCGGCUCUCCUCGGGAGAGAUCAGGUUGGCCCAAGGAGGUGGAGUGGAGACGGAGGAGCCUGAAGGAGACUCCCCAGUCAGACAGUGUCGGACAACAAGCAGGGCCCUCUGUGAAAGCUCUCCACUCCCCCGGCCCCAGCAAGCAGCCAGCAGAGCCCCUAGGGACAGCCAUGGCCACCAAGACUAGCAGGCCGCUGUGGGCACCACCACACUCAGCUUCUGGGGAAAACUGUCCCUCACCUUCUCCCGUCCCUGCUGGAUCCAGGAGAAAGUCUCUAGGCAUCUCUGAGUUUGAAAGCAAGCCUUCUUCCAGUGAGCACCAGGGCACAAAGCAUAGGCAAAGUUCAGCCAAGUCCCAGGAGCCAGGCAGCGGGGACCCAGUCUCCCCAAGGUCACCUCCCUCUGACCGGAAGAAAGGGACUCCAAGGAGAUCCACUGGUCAGGGAGUGGAAGGCAAUGGGGUACAGUGGGGAACCCCACCACGCGAUCAUAUCUGGUCACCACUGGACAUCAAGAGGACCUGCUCAGAGAAGGGUCCGCCAGCCAGGAUCCAGGAGGGCCUGUCCAUCAUGCAGGACGCCAGGCAGCGGAGGCGAGAACAGUCCAGAGGGAAGCCGGACCUCCCUGCCGAGACUCCCAAGGCUGCCGUGGGACCCUGUCAGAGGGAUGUGAGGACGCCGGAAGGCCCUAAGGCGCCUCUGCAGAACCUGGAGCGGAGGGACGGCCGGCAGGACGGCCAACAGCCGCAGCGGCAGGUGUCGCCCGUUGCCUCCGUCCCUCGGCGAAGUCACAGCUUUUGCAAGGACAAGAAGAACAGUCCCCUCGUGAACCAGCUGAAGCAGUGUUUCUCCCGGCGAGCACCCGAGGCCAAGGAUACUGACACUCUCGUGCAGGAAGCUGACAGCCAGUAUGGGACCUGGGCAGACCAGCACCAGAACGGGGGCAGUUUCGGCCCUGAGUCUCCGUCUCCCGACAGCAGUGCUGCAUCUGCGGGAAAGCAGCCUCCAGGCAGCCACUUGUCCUCGUACACCGAGUCCACAUCGGUGGAACAGCAUGACAGCUCCAGGGACCGGCGCAGCUCCAGCGUGGACCGCUCCAGUUCUGAGCUGGAGUCCACAGAUGGCCCCGAGGGGCCACCUCCAUCAGACGUCUGCCCUGCAGAGGGAGAGGAUGAUUUCUCCUUCAUCCAUCAAACCUCAGUCCUCGACUCCAGUGCCCUCAAGACCCGGGUGCAGCUGAGUAAGCGAAGCCGUCGCCGGGCGCCCAUCUCUCACUCGCUCCGGCGCAGCCAGUUCAGCGAGUCUGAGAGCCGGUCCCCUUUGGAAGAGGAAUCACACAGCACGUGGAUGUUCAAGGACUCGACAGAAGAGAAGUCGCCCAGGAGGGAUGAAUCGGAUGAAGAGCCGCCCAGGGUGGAGAGGACCCCUGUCAGCCACCCGCAGAGGAUGCCCGUGUUCCCAGGCAUGGACCCAGCUGUGCUGAAGGCUCAGCUGCCCAAGAGGCCAGAAGUGGACAGUCCUGGAGAGUCUCUCAGCUGGACACCCCAGCCCAAGAGCCCUAAGUCACCCUUCCAGCCCGGGGUGCUGGGCAGUCGGGUGCUGCCUUCCAGCACAGAGAAAGAGGAGCGGUCAGAGGAGUGCUCGCCCCAGUGGCUAAAGGAGCUGAAAUCCAAGAAGAGGCAGAGCCUGUAUGAGAAUCAAGCUUGACCAGAUAGGAUAUCAUUACACCCGUAAACUCAAGCCUUAACCGCCAGAUGUCUGAACCUGAGGCCAAGCCGCCCGCUCCUCCCUGACCACGCUCCUGUGCCUGGGCCUUUCCACCCUGAAGACACUGUGCUGAGCCCCAUCCGGGUCCCCACAGGAAGACCCUGUCCCGGGACUCGCUCCAGUCCACAGGAAGAUCUUUCAGCUCUCCUUAAAGAAGUCUCCCGGUCUGUGGAUCGGCCUUUGGUGUGACAGUUGACCGGGAAGUCGGGCUCUUAGGCUCCUCCCCUGGCAGCCCUUCGGGAAAGACCUUGAUGAGCAAGCCUGAGUGGCUCUUGGGUGGCAAAGGUCACCAUCCAAGCAUUACACUGGUGUCUCCUGGGUUGGGUUUGAUCCCCCCCCCCUUUUUGACAAGCUCCUCUUUCCCCACUUAAGAACCUACAAUCUGAUUUAUAAGCACAGCCCCGCCCCAUCCUGUUGAUACCCUUAUCCUUCCUGUGAGGCCCUGUGCACAGUUGGCCUGGGUCUCACCGCUUUCGUGUUUGCUUUAGACCGGGAUAAAGCAAUAAUGUAGCCAAUUUCCCCUGAACCUUGA